GAAACCAUCCAGCGAGAAAUAACAGAUGCUACCGGCUUUCAAAAACAAUCUUGCAAAGCAUUUACUUCAGUUGUCUCUAUUUCUCCAAAGAGCAAUACGAAGUUUGGUGUGGAUGGUAAAAGGAGAGUUGGUAAAUCAUGUCUUAUCUCUAAAUUUGCGGAAGAGGAUUUUAAUAAUGGAGAAUAUAAAGACACUUUGCAU